AUGGCUUCUGUUGCUUCCAACUUCACCAGAGCUUCUUUCAAGCAAUUGCGUCCUCUCAAGAUCAAGGCCAGCUCCAAGACCUUUGUCAGAUCCACUGCGGUUGUCGGGUUGACCUCUGCUGCCUUGGCCACCUACUACUACAACAACGACAACAACAACAAAAAGAGCAACGGUAAUGCUGCUAAGGCUUUGUUCGGUUUUGGCGGUGCCUCUGGGUUGAACGCGGCCCAGGUGUCAUCGAAGGCCCAGGACGAGUACCAGGAAAUUUACAACGCCAUCGCGAAGAAGCUCCAGGACGAAGACGAAUACGACUACGGCUCUUACGGCCCGGUCUUGGUCAGAUUGGCGUGGCACUCGUCUGGUACCUAUGACACCAACGACAAGACCGGUGGGUCUUACGGUGGCACCAUGAGAUUCGCCCCAGAGUCCACUGAUGAUGCCAACAAUGGGUUGGAGAUUGCCAGAAAGUUCUUGGACGAGUUCAAGGUCAAGUAUGACUGGAUCUCAUACGGUGACUUAUGGACCCUUGGCGGGGUCUGUGCCGUGCAGGAAUUGGGCGGCCCUAAGGUCAAGUGGAGAGCCGGCAGAGUCGACCAGGAUGCCUCCAAGUGUCCUCCAAACGGAAAGUUGCCAGACGCCUCCAGAGACGCCCCGUAUGUGAGAAACUUGUUUGCUAGAAUGGGCAUGACCGAGAGAGAAACUGUCGCUUUGAUUGGCGCCCAUUGUUUGGGUGGCUGCCACGCUGACCGCUCUGGUUACAAGGGCCCAUGGACCUUCUCGCCAACCGUCUUCACCAACGACUUCUACAAGUUGAUUUUGGAAGACAAGUGGCAGGUCAAGAAGUGGGAUGGCCCUAAGCAGUACGAGGACGUCAAGACCAAAUCGUUGAUGAUGUUGCCGGCCGAUAUUGCCCUUACCGAGGACUCUUCGUUCAAGAAGAUCUGUGUUGAGUACGCCAACGACCAGGACCUCUUCUUCAAGGACUUUUCCGCUGCGUUCCAGAAGUUGCUCGAAAGCGGGAUCUCCUACACCAAGAGCACCAAGGAGUUUGUCUUCAAGACCUUGGACGAGCAGGAGUAG